AUGGAGCGGUACGCAGGUCGCGUCGCCCUGGUGACCGGAGCCAGCUCCGGGAUCGGUGCCGCCAUCGCACAGGCGCUGCUCAGGCGCGGGCUCAAGGUCGUCGGUCUCGCCAGGAGGGUCGACAUGGUCAAGGAAAAUGCUCUAGAACUGAAGGAUGCUCCGGGUACGCUGUAUCCAUUGCAGGGUGACGUUAGCAGCGAGGAGGGUAUUCUAUGCGCCUUCAAAUGGAUUAAAGAGAAUUUAGGAGGAGUCGAUGUCCUUAUCAACAACGCCGGCAUUUGCAGAGAGAGUCUUCCGUCAACUGGACAGACAGCCGAGUGGAAGCGCAUACUGGACGUCAAUGUGCUGGGGCUGUCUAUCUGCACCAGGGAGGCCGUCCAGAGCAUGCUGGACAGGGGUGUCGACGACGGCUUCAUCAUCCAUAUAAGCAGUAUAUUUGGUCACAUUAUGCCACUUGAUCCAUUGUACUCUAUGUACCAUGCCAGUAAGCAUGCUGUCAAGACCCUGCUUGAAGGGCUGAGGAAAGACCUGGUUGCCAGGAAGAGCAAGAUACGAUGUGGGGAAAUAUCACCAGGACUUGUGAAAACAGAAUUAUUCCAUGCUUUAAAAAAGAAUACGCUUGAAGUACUCGAAAAUAUGCGUAUGCCUAUCAUGGAAUCUGAGGACAUAGCGGAUGCAGUUAUCUAUAUGUUAUCGCAACCUCCACGUGUUCAAGUCUGCGAUAUUAUCCUUCGUCCAACCGGAGAUUUGUUGAACUGAUGAAAAAUUAAAGUGCUUCAUAAAGUUUGCGAAGGAAUCUACGAUUCUCUUAAAGUAGGCGUACUUGCAUAUGUGACGCUAAACGUAAUAGAAAAUCCAAAUACAUGUGUAAACAACCAUGAAAAUAAUUUAUCGGUGUAGUCUUUGGUAAUGGAAUUCUAUAGAUUGUAGCUUGUUUUUAAACGUUAAUCCUCCAUCAGUAGGUAUGGUCAAGUUGGAAAAAGCUCAGCUAGCCUAAGAGCGGAAAACUG